UCUAUGAGGCUUCAUUCGCUUGGUGGCCACCACCGCGGCGCUCCGCCACCGCCCCUCCACACCAAGGGAAAUAAUAUACCUGUAGAUACAUAGUGUAGAUACUGAAGAAUCAUGAGAGAGUGUGAUCAGUGUGUGUGGCUGGUGACAGUGUGGGCCGCGGCUGGGGCCGUGGUGGCGGUGGGGCCGAGGGCGCCGCCUACUGCAGGGGAGACCACUCAUGCCCCCCAGGACCCCACCGGCACCAAUGUGCAGCUGGAGGUGCCCUACGCCGCGCUCCUGCAGGAGAUGCGCACCCUUACCGACCUCAUACUAACGAGGCAGAUACAAGGUGGAGGAGAGGCGGGGCCGCCGUCAGCGCCGCCUGCAGUAGUCCAGGACUGUUCCACGCUACACCAGGCCGGGGUCAAGGGUAGCGGGGUGUACAGGGUGUCACCCUUCACCUUCCUGGUGUACUGUAACAUGGUCGCCCAUGGAGGAGGCUGGACCGUUAUACAGCGCAGGAAGCGUCAAGAGGUCCAGGAAGACUUCGCGCGAGGUUGGGCUGACUACCGGAGCGGGUUCGGGCAGCUGGGAGGAGAGAUGUGGCUGGGGCUGGAGGCCCUCCACCAGCUCACCUACAGCGCCUCCUACGAGCUCAGAGUGGACAUGCUUGAUUACGAAUUUGGACCCAAAUACGCACUCUACAAGGAGUUCCGUGUAGGUCCAGAGAGCGACGGAUACCGGCUCCUGGCGACCAAUUAUUCUGGCGACGCCGGCGAUGCUCUCUCGUUCUUCCACUCUGGUCGUCGCUUCUCCACCUUCGACCGGGACCAGGAUUUGGCCAGAAACAAGAGCUGUGCCCUGGAGAAGGAGGGAGGCUGGUGGUUCCACGCCUGUUAUGCCGCCCACCUCAACGGUCGCCACCCCCUCAACCCCUCUAGGAGGAGUAACAGCACCGAGAUCCGCUGGUGGUCACACCGAGAGCAGGUCCUUGUACUCACUAGUGUUGAAAUGAAAAUACGUCGACAGUCGUCGGGUAACCCGCCAGCAAACGAAAGUGUGACUACUGACGACACUCAGCGAACAACACCUCCGUCAAGCACUCCUGACGAGGGCGAGGAGGACAACACUGUAGCAACAAGAGAAGACUACUUCCCGUUAUGGCCGGCAGUGGAAGUUAUCGGCUUGGACACCGGCAGUGGAGACAACGAGGACACCACCAGGCUCGGGGGACGUGGAGACAUCAAUCCCUGGGAGGUGGUAGGGAGACCACGGGUCGAGUGAUGUCUCUUGUGUUACUAGGCUUGAUACAUCAAGUUGAGUAAUGUGUCUUGUGUUACUAGGCUUGAUACAUCAAGUUGAGUAAUGUGUCUUGUGUUACUAGGCUUGAUACGUCAAGUUGAGUAAUGUGUCUUGUGUUACUAGGCUUGAUACGUCAAGUUGAGUAAUGUGUCUUGUGUUACUAGGCUUGAUACGUCAAGUUGAGUAAUGUGUCUUGUGUUACUAGGCUUGAUACAUCAAGUUGAGUAAUGUGUCUUGUGUUACUAGGCUUGAUACAUCAAGUUGAGUAAUGUGUCUUGUGUUACUAGGCUUGAUACAUCAAGUUGAGUAAUGUGUCUUGUGUUACUAGGCUUGAUACAUCAAGUUGAGUAAUGUGUCUUGUGUUACUAGGCUUGAUACAUCAGGUUGAGUAAUGUGUCUUGUGUUACUAGGCUUGAUACAUCAAGUUCAGUAAUGUGUCUUGUGUUACUAGGCUUGAUACAUCAAUCCUGGGAGGUGUUGGGGAGACUGCAGGUCGAGUGAUGUAAAUUGUGUUAUAAGGCUUUACAUUAGCAUCUUAAAUGAGUAAAACACAAAACUUGACGAAGUAGUAGUUGCUGUAACCAAUGUUGCACAUCUAGGGAGAAAAGGGAUUGAAAUAUAAUAUGUUCAUAAUAUAUAUAACUAAAGAAGGUAUCGAGUAUUACAUAAUCGAAAUGAACACUGAAGAUACCCUUGAAGCAUUCCUAUAUAAUAAGUUUUAAUAAUACAUUUUUCGUAUCAAAACUGAAAAUCAACUUUUCAGUACUUAAAUGAACAAAUCCACAAUGGCCGUACGAGGAUUCGAACCUGCGUCCGGGAGCAUCCCAGACACUGCCUUAAUCGACUGAACUACGACAGGGUAAAAUUCCCUUGUGGAUUUGUUUAUUUGAUGCAUCACGUUAGUGUGAUCUCUGUGUGUGUUUUCAGUACUUGUAUAAAUACAGUAACUUUCAUGGCAAAAACGCUGUGAAUCUCACACCUUUAAGAGUAAUCACUCCUCGCAGAUCACUCGACUAACAAACUACCUUACUCUGCAGCUGGAGAUAGUGUCAAUGACUGUCACUGUCCUCAAGUCCAGCCAGUAACCUACAUCCGGACAAGAUCCUGUAUCAGUGUCCAGGUCCUCUUGCUAUGCAGGAACGGACGAAGACUUAGUCACGUUAUCCCAACUGAACUUCUAUAAUGUUUAGGUAUGUGUUGUUUCCUGCUAUAUUUGAAGGCUUAAAGUGCUAGGAUUGCUGGUGUAGCAGCAUUAGGCUUCUGAUUCGUGUGUUUAUCUGAGUGUAUUGCUCUGGAAUGUAUAUCAAGCUGUUAUUGAAGGGUGGUGCCUUGUUCACUAUGUCAGUAGAGAGAGCUCCGUAUCUGAUUGGGACGCGGGUUCGAUCCCAUCCCACGGCAUCAAUAUUUCUCGCAGAUAUAACAUGUUCUUGUGACUUCAUUGUGCUUAGCUAUGUAUGUAUGUUUUUGAAGAUUCAUUAAAGGUUAAUCUAUGUC